GAUUAUGAUGGACCAGCAUUAAUCGAAGGUUCAGAUGAUGAAUUAGGUACAGAAUUCAUCGAUAUGGAAAUGGAUGAACUUAAUCUUCAUCCAUGUAUGGUACCCAUGGUAUGUUUAUUAAAACAUAUGGAAAAUAGUGGAAUAAUACCUUUAUUAAAUGAAAAUUCAUCUCAAACAUCUGAUAUGCCAGCAUGGAUGAUAUGUAUGUAUAAAAAAUUUAGUGAUCCAUUAUUAUCAUUUAAUAUAAAAUUAUUUCUCAUGCGUCUUAUUAUUCAUACACAUACAAUUUUUAAACCUUACGCACGUUAUUGGUUGACACCAAUAAUUCAUAUGUGUAAUCAAAUGUUUGAAAAUUCUUCUGAAGGUUUAAAUACAUUUAUUAUUGAUACAAUUGUUAUAUUACUAUCAUGGCAUACAAAAGCUAUACCAAGUGAACUUGAUUCAACAGCUGUACAACGUCUUAUUGAAUAUUUAUUUGCAAAUUGUUCACAUCGUAAUACAAUUGUUAUGAAAUCAAAUUUAGAUUUAAUUAAAAAAUUAGUUGAAUGUUGGAAAGAACGUAUACAUGCUCCAACAUUAAUUCUAUAUAAAUUAAUAUCAGAAGCCGAUUUAAAAUCUAAACAAAAUGCAAUCGGUCUUUCAUUAAUUGGAAUUUUAUUAGCUAAUGAAAUUUUACCUUAUUAUACACCACCUGCUCCAACAGGUAAUCUUCCACCAGUUACAACUGGUUCAAUUCUAUCGAAUUUACCAAAUGAUUUAACUGAAGAUAAAUUUAAUGAUACAAUUUUAAAAAAUAUGAAAAAUACUUUUAAAAAUAUAUAUGCUGCAGCAGCUGAAGUUAUUGGAAUGUUAUUGAAUGUUAACAGAAUUCAAAAUCAUUCAACUCAACGUUUAUUAGAACAAUUAAAUUUUAUAUUAAAAUGGUAUAAUAGUCAAGGUUUACAAGAUGCAUAUGUAUCAUGUAUUUAUUCAAUACAAAAACAUUAUCCACAAAUUGUAGAAAAAUCAGUAAUGAAUAAACUAAUAUUUGGUAUGAGAAAAAUGCAUGGAGAUUCCAAAAUUGAAUGUUUAGAAGCAUUAAUUGCAAAUAUUACAGAAUUUGAUUCGGCUUAUUUAGAAUUACGAGCAGCAGGAGUAUUAGAUAUUCUUAUUCAUACGUAAGUAAUGAUAAAUAUUUAUAGAAAGAUGAUAAAGUGGAGUCUAUGAAAAUUUUCUUGCGAAUUUUGACCUUAAUCCUUGGAGUACCAGCCGAGGUCAUUUUUGACCCCCAACCUGAAAACUUUCAAAAUACGUUGAGAAUAUUUUUUUUCCAUAUUUUGGAGGCAACUAGUAUCAUUUAAGAGUAGAUUUAUAUAGUUUCAUAUAAAAGGUAACAUAUUAACAUUCAAUACUAAUUCAACUCCUCGAUACAAGAUCGUGUUUUCAAUAUCCAUCAAAUAUAUAAGAGAAAGGAAAACACGUAAAAGUUUUCAUAUAUAUUGAGGGUGAAUAUGAGUGU